AUGAAUGGUCGGAUGUGUAAGAUGGAGAGCCAAACCACCCGGCCGGCGCCGCUUUCUAAGUGGCACAACUCUAACUCCACAAACAUCCAACAUCCGUCCCAGGGCAAGGUCCCCACCCAAGCAAGUGUUGUCUCGGGCCAAGGUACAACCCUGGUCUCCAAUCCAAACCUCAUGAACUCGGCCAGCAUCCACGUCGACCCUCUCCCCCACACCGUGGGUAACCCUCUCCGGGGCCUCAUCCCCAGGGUAGGUGAUGGUCAGCCGGCCCUGGAGGAUGAGAUGGGUAGUCAGGCCAUCGUGCGAAUGCGGGCUAUAAUGAGCGUUCCUAGAAGUCGUACCACCCGUCUGCAUUAG